UCUGUGUGCGAGAAGAGAGAGAGAGAGAGAGAGCGAGAGGAGUGUAACUGGCUCCAGUUGAUGUUGCUGCUCCUCGGCCGCACGUUUCCGCUGUCAUUCGCACACAGAGUCACUACCUGCUGUCCAUCCUCACUAUCCAGGUCCGCCGUGGUUAGCUCCGUGCUAAUAAAAAUCUCUAGCCGUGCACACAACACCGUCUUCGUUGGCGCAGCCGGUCAAAAUACAGGAACCAUGCCCGAAAGGAGGCCCUUCGUACGGUUACCGACUGACGUUUACCCCGUCAACUAUGGCUUAAGCCUGAAGCCCGACCUCAUCGAUUUCACUUUCGAGGGGAAGCUGGAGGCACUGGUGGAGGUUACACAAGCCACGAAUCAGAUCGUGAUGAACUGUGCUGACAUCGACAUCAUCACGGCUUCGUUCGUGCCGCAAGGAGGAGAAGAAAUCAACGCUUCGGGAUUCAACUAUCAGAACGAGGAUGAGAAAGUCACCCUGUCAUUCACUAGCGCUCUACAGAAAGGCUCCGGCACGUUGAAGAUCGACUUCGUCGGCGAGCUGAACGACAAAAUGAAAGGGUUCUACAGAAGUAAAUACACGACUCCCGCCGGAGACGUCCGCUACGCCGCCGUCACGCAGUUCGAGGCCACGGACGCCCGCAGAGCUUUCCCCUGUUGGGACGAGCCAGCUAUCAAAGCCACCUUUGACAUCUCCCUGACAGUUCCCAAGGACCGAGUAGCCUUGUCAAACAUGAAUGUCAUCGACCGAAAGCCAUGCCCGGAAGAUGAAAACCUCGUCGAGGUGAAGUUCGCCACCACGCCCAUCAUGUCCACAUACCUCGUAGCUUUUGUCAUCGGUGAAUACGACUACGUGGAGAGCCAGUCGUCGGACGGCAUCAUGGUACGCGUCUACACGCCGGUCGGGAAGGCGGAGCAGGGGAAAUUCGCACUGGAGGUUGCAACUAAGACCUUACCUUUCUAUAAAGACUACUUCAGUGUUCCUUAUCCGUUGCCUAAAAUCGAUCUCAUAGCUAUUGCUGAUUUUGCUGCAGGUGCCAUGGAAAACUGGGGCCUUGUAACCUACAGGGAGACGGCGUUGCUAAUCGACCCGAAGAACUCCUGCUCGUCCUCCAGGCAGUGGGUGGCGCUGGUGGUCGGACACGAACUCGCGCACCAGUGGUUCGGAAACCUGGUCACCAUGGAAUGGUGGACCCAUCUGUGGCUCAAUGAGGGCUUCGCGUCCUGGAUCGAGUACCUGUGCGUGGACCAUUGCUUCCCAGAAUACGACAUCUGGACCCAGUUUGUCUCGGCCGACUACACCCGCGCUCUGGACCUGGACGCGCUGGACAGCAGCCAUCCCAUAGAGGUGAACGUGGGCCAUCCGUCAGAAGUAGAUGAAAUCUUUGACGCCAUCUCCUACAGCAAAGGAGCGUCUGUGAUCCGCAUGCUGCACAACUACAUAGGAGACGAGGACUUUAGGAAAGGAAUGAACUCCUAUCUCUUGAAGUUCCAACAUAAAAACGCAUCGACAGAGGACUUAUGGGACUGUCUGGAACAGGCCAGUGGGAAACCCAUUGCCGCGGUAAUGGGCUCGUGGACCAAACAGAUGGGCUUCCCAAUAAUAGUAGUGGACCAGGAACAGCAAGGCGACGACCGCAUCCUCAAGAUAACCCAAAAGAAGUUCUGUGCUAGUGGACCACAUAAUGGUGAGGAUUGCCCCAACUGGAUGGUCCCUAUUAGUAUCUGUUCCAGCGAGGACCCCAAUUGCAUCAAACUGAAGGUUCUCCUGGACAGACCAGACACCACCAUCACUCUGAGCGGCGUCAGCCCAGAACAGUGGGUCAAGAUUAAUCCCGGCACCGUCGGCUUCUACCGCAUCCAGUACAGCUCGUCCAUGCUGGAGAGUCUCCUCCCGGGCAUCAGAGACCUCAGCCUGCAGCCGGUGGAUCGCCUCGGCCUGCAGAACGACCUCUUCUCCCUCUCUCGUGCAGGGAUGAUCAGCACGGUGGAGGUGCUGAAGCUGAUGGAGGCGUUCGUCAACGAGCCCAACUACACGGUGUGGAGCGACCUCAGCUGCAACCUGGGCGUGCUGUCCUCGCUGCUGUCCCACACCGACUUCCACGAGGAGAUCCAGGAGUUCAUCCGGGACCUGUUCACUCCCACCGGCCUCGAGCUCGGCUGGGACAGCAAACCGGGCGAAGGUCACUUGGACGCCCUGCUACGGAGUCUGGUCCUGGGGAAGCUGGGCAAGGCGGGACACAAACCCACGCUGGAGGAGGCCAGACGGAGAUUCAAGGACCACGUGGAGGGAAAGCUGGUGCUGCCUGCAGACCUGAGGAGUCCGGUUUAUCUAACAGUGCUGAAGCACGGAGACAGCGCCACGCUGGACACGAUGCUGAAGCUCCACAAACAGGCCGACAUGCAGGAGGAGAAGAAUCGCAUCGAGCGGGUUCUUGGCGCCAUCUCUGCCCCCGACCUCAUCCAGAAAGUCCUCAGCUUUGCCCUCUCGGAAGAGGUUCGCCCCCAGGACACGGUGUCGGUAAUCGGUGGAGUGGCAGGAAGCAGCAAACAUGGCCGGAAAGCUGCCUGGAAGUUUGUGAAGGAUAACUGGGAGGAGCUUUACAACCGCUACCAGGGAGGCUUCCUCAUAUCACGUCUCAUCAAGCUCACGGUCGAUGGAUUUGCGAUUGAUAAAAUGGCUGCUGAAGUAAAGAGUUUCUUCGAGAGCCAUCCGGCUCCGGCGGCCGAGCGUACGGUGCAGCAGUGCUGCGAGAACAUCCUCCUCAACGCCGCCUGGCUGAAGCGCGACGCAGACGACAUCCACCAGUAUCUACUGCAGCGCAAGGCGCCCCCAGUCUGAGCAGCCUCCUCCACCUCCUCCUCCUCCUCUAAGCCCCUCCCCCUUCUCCUCCUUUAACCCCUCCCCCCCCCUCCAGCGCGGACCUCCCAGCAUCAUAGCUGCCUCGUCCCACCCCCUAAAGCCUAGCCCCGCCUCCCCCCCCAUGCCCCCCUCCUCCCCUCACUUACGGACCAGAGCGGGACAGCAGAGCAUACUUACAGCAGGCUUCAUUUCUCUAAAGAAAAAAACUGUAUGAAACAAGAAGACAAAGCCAAGAAUUUAAGCCGAGUGUUUCGGAGACGCGAAGAGACUCUUUCUACGUCGGAAAAAAAAAAAAAAAAAGAAUCCGUUUUAGUCAGACCAGGAAUGUAGCUUUAGCCCCAUUCUGUCCACGUCGCAUCAUCAAACGAGUCACAGAAAAACGUCGUCGCAUCCCUGGAAAAAGCACCGUUACGAACACCUUCCUCCACCUCUGCGUCUUAGCUGAGAAAACUGUGAACCCCGUCCUCCCCGUUUUUUUUUUUUUUUUUUCUCCACCAGUUUUAAACGCACGAGGGACUAUUAUUAUUAUUAUUAUUUUUUUUUUUUUAUUAUUAUUAUUAUUUUGCCGGUGCCCCUCGUCCUUCUCCUUCGGGGGUCGUGUUUGAGGGGGAAACCCGAGGCCGGGGCAGAGUGGGGUUAAAGACACUCGUAGCGUGGGGUCGUAGUUUCCAACAGCACUGAUUUCUCCACUGCUAAUAAACGGUUAAGACGAGGCGAGCAGCGCUAGCAUGGUACUACGUUGUAAACUGUAUAAUUCAGGCAUUUUUUUUGUUUUUUUUUUGUUUUUUUUUUUGCAGAUGUUCCUUUUUAAAUAACGAGUUAAUGGAAAAGUUCAUGGAUAUCCACCCCCCCCCCCUAAAAAAAACAAAAAAACUAAAUAAUAAACCUGAGCUCAGCUCAGAGUUUCUACUUUAAAUCAUCCACCAACAUAUUUAAUCCAAUGAAAUGAAAUGAAGAUACGGUUGUUGUUUUUUUUUUUUUUUUUUUUUUAUAAGACAUCCAAUGCAGUGAUUUAUUUAAAUGUUGAGAUAAUCUUAUAUAUUGAGGAGAGAGGAGAAGAGGGGGGGAAAAAAAAAAAAAAAGAAACAUCACAACACUAUUUAUCGGGGCCUUUUUUCAUUCUGGAGCAACAUCAGGAAACAGGAAACAAACGCCUCUUCAUUGGUGGGAUUCAGAGUCCGGUUCGUGACACAUCGACUCCGCUGUUGAACUCGGGAAAAGCCUUAAAUCGGUUCGGCUGGUUUGCAGUAAAGUGGCGACGAGAGGCGACUUCCACAUAACGUCAAAUGUAUCUCAACGUGACAGAUUAUGCAGACUUGUUGAACGAGUAUAUCUAUAUAGAAUUUACAAUUUGAUGUGGGUUUUUUUUGUUUUUUUUUUUUUGGAAACAUAAAAACCAAGUCAUCCAACGGUUAAUGUCACUUUUUUUCUCCCCCUGGAACAUUUUUAGUUUUUUUUUUUUUGUUUGUUUGUUGUUUUUUUUUUUUGCUUUAUUUCUUUUUUUUUGUUAAAAACUAAAGUUGGUGUUCAUUAAAGUUGAAAAAGGAUUUAAAAAAAAAACUAAUGAUGUGAAGUCGGUGCACGUUCAUGAUUUUUUGUGAAUGAAGUGUGGGCCUGGAAAAUCAUUUUACUUUUGAGUUGUGUCACAUGUGAAAGGGGGAUCGAUGAAUGACGAGUCCGUGACGGCCGAGUUUGUACCUGACGAGAUUAAAAUGGUUAAUUGGUAACGUUAAAAAACCGGUUUGGGGUCUCGUGGAGCCCGUCUGUCUGACUUUAUCCAUCGUGCAGAGAUGUUUCAUGUCUGUUUUUUUUUUUUUUUUUUUUUUAAUUUUGUUUUGUUUUUUGUUUCUUUUUGAAUGAAUCGGUUCCAGUUCAACAUGUGGAAUGUUUUUGUGGUUCUUACUUUUAAGAAGAGGAAGAAAAAAAAAGAAAAAAAAAGACACCUGUUAAUCCGGGGUAACUUUGAUUUUUAGUGUUGCCAAGGCAAAUGUAAAUAUGCAGUCCAAUAAAGUAACACUUGAUGAUA